AUGAAAUUAAAAGUCAAAUUUGGCAGAACUUCAUCAUCAUCAUAUGAAACAGUUGCAUCCAUUGAUCAUCUCUUAACAUGUAUUCUUCUCCGACUUCCCUUCAAAUCACUCAUUCGUUUCAAACUCGUCUCCAAACACUGGCAUUCCCUCAUCACCGAUCCGCAUUUCUGCCGUCUGCGCAACCCCAAUCCGAAUCCGGCCAUCGGCCUCUUCCUUCACUUCAACUUCUCCAUCAGUCCUAUGUCCCAGUACCUCCCCUUCUCGCUUAACCAAUCAACCAAACCUCCAUUCCGAACACUCAACUUCACCAAACACAACCCACGGGCCGGGAUUCUGCAGUCCUGCAACGGCCUCCUACUCUGCUGCUCCUUCCACUCCCGGCCGGUCCACAACCGGAAGUACUACAUCUUCAAUCCCACCACUACCAGAUUCUCAACACUCCCCAAAAUCGACUAUGUUGACAGAAACAUAAGUGGAAUGAAUUUAGGGUUCGACCCCGCCAAGUCUCCUCAUUACAAAGUCGUUUGUGUGACUGGACUGAGUUCGGUUCGAUAUCAGAUUGAGCUCUACUCUUCCGAGAGAGGUCCAUGGAGGGAAUGCGGCCAGCCUUUCGUCCUCACCGCAGGAUCUCACUUCAACUUCAGAAAAGGUGUAUAUUGGAAUGGAGCAAUCCACUGGCUGAACAUCGGACAUGGCGAUUCUUUGUACUUCAAUCUUGAGAACGAGACAACCGGCUCCUUCCCAACGCCUCCCAACCAACUGUGGGAAGUGAGGAGCAGUGUCUACUUCGGGGAGUCAUGUGAUCACCUGCACUACAUGGAGAUGCCUAACAGGCAAGUUGAGUUUGAUGUUUACGAGAUGAAAAGGGAUUACUCGGAGUGGUUUGUGAAGUACAAGGUCGAUCUGAGAGGCGUUGUUGCUUCUUAUCCGGAGAUGAAACAGGAGAAAUACGAUACCGAGGAUGUGGAUGUCUAUGUGAUUUCUUUUUUUAGUGUUAUCCGGGGUGAGAAAGAGGAGGACUCAUUCUUUGUGUUCCAUAUUCCGGGGAGGGUGGUGCGGUACGAUCUUGCUUGCCAGACUUUCCGAACAAUACAUGUAUUCAGAGAUGCUGAGGAUGAAGUGAGGAACAGAUGUUUGAGAUAUAGGGAAACAAAUGCCAUUCAACAUAUUCAGUCCCUCUGUUGUGUUUAGUUCUUGGGGAAUUGGAAGGUUGAAAGAAUUCAACAAAUCACUCCACUAUUUCCUCCUCCUCCACUUCUGAAAUCAUUAAAGUUCCAUCAUCUUUUUUUCACAAGUAAAGCUAAAU